UUUAGAUUUUGCAAACCUGUGCAUUGAUGAGAGUGCUAUUGAAACACAUUAACAAAGAUUUUCAACACACGAAUGUGUCAUUUCCUUUCUUCAUGUACCAGAUGCUGAAAUACUACGAGAUAAAGAUUUCAGGUUUCAGUUGUAAAGAGAGAAAAGUGGAUAAAUCAGUGCUGCUUUCUUUAGGACCAAAGGUUGUGAAAGCCAGAUCAAUUUAUGUGAUCAGAAAAAUAAAGGAAGAAAUUGAUGAGUCAGAUGCUACCAGAAGUAUGGAGCAGUGGGAUCCCUUUCGUGAUCAACAGGAGGACGUUGAUAGCUGCUCUGAAUCUGUGAAAUUUGACGCUCGCUCAAUGACAGCUUUGCUUCCUCCUAAUCCUAAAAACAGCCCUCCCCUUCAAGAGAAACUGAAGUCCUUCAAAGCUGCACUGAUUGCCCUUUACCUCCUUGUGUUUGCAGUUCUCAUCCCUCUCAUUGGAAUAGUGGCAGCUCAGUUUCUGAAGUGGGAAACGAAAAAUUGCUCCGUUGGUUCUACUAAUGCAGACGAUAUAACUCAAAGUCUCACAGGAAAAGGAAAUGACAGUGAAGCGGAAACGAGAUUUCAAGAAGUCUUUAUGGAACACAUGAGCAACAUGGAGAAGAGAAUCCAGCACAUUUCAGACAUGGAAGCCAAUCUCAUAGAUGCAGAGCAUUUCCAAAACUUCAGCAUGACAACUGAUCAAAGAUUUAAUGACAUUCUUCUCCAGCUAAGUACCUUGUUUUCCUCAGUCCAGGGACAUGGGAAUACAAUAGAUGAAAUCUCCAAGUCCUUAAUAAGUUUGAAUACCACACUGCUUGAUUUGCAGCUCAACAUAGAAAAGCUGAAUGGCAAAAUCCAAGAGAACACCUUCAAACAACAAGAGGAAAUCAGUAAGUUAGAGGAGCGUGUUUACAAUGUAUCAGCAGAAAUUAUGGCUAUGAAAGAAGAACAAGUGCAUUUGGAACAGGAAAUAAAAGGAGAAGUGAAAGUACUGAAUAACAUCACCAAUGAUCUCAGACUGAAAGACUGGGAACAUUCUCAGACCUUGAGAAAUAUCACUUUAAUUCAAGGUCCUCCUGGACCUCCAGGUGAAAAAGGAGAUCGAGGUCCAACUGGAGAAAGUGGUCCACGAGGAUUUCCAGGUCCAGUAGGUCCUCCAGGUCUUAAAGGUGAUCGGGGAGCAAUUGGCUUUCCUGGAAGUAGAGGACUCCCAGGAUAUGCUGGAAGGCCAGGAAAUUCUGGACCAAAAGGCCAGAAAGGGGAAAAGGGGAGUGGAAACACACUAACCUCAUUUAAGAAAGUUCGACUGGUCGAUGGGAGCGGCCCUCACGAGGGGAGAGUGGAGAUACUCCACAGCGGCCAGUGGGGUACAAUUUGUGACGAUCGCUGGGAAGUGCGUGUUGGACAGGUCAUCUGUAGGAGUUUGGGAUACCCGGGUGUUCAAGCCGUGCACAAGGCAGCUCAUUUUGGACAAGGUACUGGUCCAAUAUGGCUGAAUGAAGUGUAUUGUUUUGGGAGAGAAUCAUCUAUUGAAGAAUGUAAAAUUCGACAAUGGGGAACAAGAGCGUGUUCACAUUCUGAAGAUGCUGGAGUCACUUGCACUUUAUAAUGCAUCAUAUUUUCAUUCACAACUAUGAAAUCGCUGCUCAAAAAUGAUUUUAUUACCUUCUUCCUGUAAAAUCCAUUUAAUGAAUAUUUAAGAGAUUAAGAAUAUUGCCCAAAUAAUAUUUUCAAAUUACAGGAUUAACAUAUUGAAAACCUUCAUACUUGCCAUUUGUAUCUAUAUUUAAACCAUUUUAACUUCUAUAGGUUUUUAAAUGGAAUUUUCUAAUAUAAUGAUUUAUAUGUUGAAUUGAAAAUAUUGAAGUUUAUAGCUUCUAGAUUACAAAGGCCAAGUGUAAUAGAAAUGCAUAAGAAUAAUUGACUCCAAUUCAUAAUACAUUCAUCAGGAGAUUACAAUUUUUUGCUCUUCUUGUCUUUGUAAUCUAUUUAGUUGAUUUUAAUUACUUUCUGAAUAAUAGAAGGAUUCAGAAGAUAUCUUUUGUGCCUAGACUGCAAAAUCUCUAAUCCACACAUAUUAUUUUAAAAGAAGGAUGUUAUCCAACUAUUAAGAUAUCUCAGUGUGCAAUAACUUGUGUGUUAGACAUCAAUGUUAAUGAUAUGUCUUGGCCACGAUGGACUAGGGAGCUUAUUUUUCUUGUCAUGUAUUGACAACUGCUUAAUUGAAUCAUGAAGUAAAUUGAAAGCAGAACAUAUGAGAAAACUGACCAUCAUAAUAUUUGUCCAGAUAAUUGGUAGAUCAAAAAUGCCACUUGUUAACAGGAAGCUUAGUUUGUUAUGUGUUUUAAAUUGAAUAAUUAGCUUGUUACAAUUCUAGGACAUGGUGUUUAAAAUGUAAAGCUCAUUACUCCAUUUUAACAAACAGAAUGCAAACAUCUUGAGUGCAGAAGAAAGAGAAAUUUCAGUUUUUUGGAGUCUUUUAUGAAGUGAGUCAACAUUUACAACCGGGAGUGGAGGGGGGCACCUCUUUAGUCCUAAAGGGACAUUAACUCGGAGCAUGCCCCAAGAAGUAGCUUAGCAACUUUUUGUUGGUAGUCAACCCGUCCCCAGGCCCACAGUGUAGAGUGUGAAAAGCUACCCUGAAACACAGUAAAUCUACCCUGAAAGUGACUGUCUGCAGAAAGACCAAUAGUUGAUAUUAAAGCCCAAAUGAAUUCAACCUCAGCCCUGAAAAUAACAGAAUUCUUCAAGUUUCCUAUGACCAAUUCACAAAAAAAUGUAAUUGUAAACUAGUACUAUUAUGGAAUUACUCUACUGUUCUUUCUUUAAUAGUGGCAAAUGAAAGCAUAAGCUUAAACACUCUUUCAUAUUCUGAAGUCUCACCACACACAGUAACCAAGUGGUAGAUUCACAACCCUCCAACUUAAAAAGGCAAAAACCUUACCUUGGAAUUGAAAUUAUUGUAAACAGCCUACUGGAAAUAUACUUUUAUCAUGUAACAUUCUUCUACUUGUUUAACAUUGCUGAUUUUCUCUGGCAGCAUAAUUUUGUGGUUAAGAGAAUGAAUUCUGAAUGUACACUUUCUGUCUCAAACCCUGGCUGUACUUUCAGCUAGUUAUUGAUUCUUUGUGUUCAAUUCCACUAUCUAGGUAUUUUCUUCAAAAGGUAAAUACAAUGGUUUUUGAAAGAAUGAUGUGCAUUAUUAGCCUGCUUGGGAUGUCUGAGAUCAGUGCCUAUGGGUUGCUAAUACUUUAGUGCUGUCUGGUAUAUGUGUGCUGAUUUAUCACUUAUGCAUAGUUAUAUCUUUAAUAAGUAAUCUAAAAAUCCUUUUUGUAUUUGAGAGAAUCUAUGAAGUUCAGUCCAGUCUAGAAAAGAACCUAAUAGCACUAAUACAAAUUGAGGACUUAAUUUACUUUGGAAUGUUGAAUUGCAUUCACUCCAUUAAAAAAACAGAAAUUUGUGAUUUGGUUUUUUCAAAAAAAUAGCUCAGCUGACCAGAAUGAAUGUAUUCUACUUGUUGAGCCAUCUAGCAUCACAUUAAAUGCAAAAUGUAUAUUUAAAUAAAAGAAGAAGAAAAAAGAAAGAGCAAAGGGAUGUAGAAAAUGAAGAAUAACCAUUGAUAUCUAAGGGCCAAACAUAUUCCACCUAAAUUAUCUAAAUAGCUUCAAAUCAAAACUUUCCAUUUUUUCAAAAUGUAUAGACCAUUGUAGUUUGUACUCAAGUAAAGUAUUACAUUAAAGCAUGUGCCUAUUACAAAUCAUAUACAGUUGACCCUUGAACCACACAGAGGUUGGGAGCACUGACCCCCUGCACAGUGAAAAAUCCACAUAUAACUUUUGACUCCCCAAAAAGUUAGCCACUAAGAGCCCGCGGGUGACCAGAAUCUUUACCAA